AUGAUCGACCACACGCAGGUGUCCAUAGCGGCGGCGGACCACAAGGCCCUUGUCGCCUUCUACGAGGCCGCGCUUAAGCCCCUCGGGUACAAGAAACUCAUGGCCUUUGGGCCCAACGAGGAAGCCGUCGGCUUUGGGGACGGCCGUUUGGCGCACAGCCCAACGGCGACUGACUGGUGGGUCAUGGCCUCGCCGACAACCCCCGGCAACUCACAUCACGCGUUCCGCUGCAAAGAUCGAGCAUCUGUGGACGCCUUUUAUAACGCAGCCAUAGAAGCCGGGGCCAAAGACAACGGCAAGCCUGGCAUUCGCGCUCACUACCACGCGAAUUACUACGGUGCUUUUGUAAUUGAUCCUGCUGGCAAUAACAUCGAGGCUGUUUGCCAUGAAAUUGUCGAGUGA